AUGCACACCACCAUCAACCAUAACGUUCGAUCCUUGUACAUAAAUACUCAAAGGACUAGCCAGAAAAACUGCGAAAUUCGCCACAUCCUCGGGUAUCGACCGGUCGCAAAUGCGAUAGAGAACUCUUCAGACAAUGAAGCACCUACUGGAGAUGAACAGCCGAAUUCCUCUUUCUUGUCAUCCGAUAUCACCCUGAACGCGUUAGCCCAACUCGGAGUAUUCCGCCUAGGAUGUAAUCGAUCCUUUGUCUCAAUUAUCGACCGGGAUAGCCAAUUUAUUAUCGCCGAAGCCACGAAGUCCGUAUCUCUUCGCAUCACAGACCAACACCUACCCGGCGAUGGAGUUUAUCUGGGAGCUCGCAGGCUGGACUUGGAGUGGGGAGUGUGCCCUCACACUAUUAGCCUAUUCACCGGCAAAGAUCCCUCAUUCGUUAUUGAUACAGCCAACAUAACCGCCAAUCGAUCCCGCUACAUUAUUCGCGACUUCACAAAGGAAGACUGUUUUAAGGAUCGCCCGUAUGUCCGAGAAUGGCCGCAUAUGCGAUUUUACGCCGAGGUCCCUUUGUUCAGUCCUUCGGGGUAUGUGCUUGGGUCAUAUUGUGUUGUCGAUGAUAGUCCACGCGAGGAAUUUGGGGACACCGAGGUCGAUCUGUUACAGGAGAUCUCGGAUGCAAUUGGUCUUCAUCUUGAAAAUACGCGUGUCGUGCAUAACCAUCAUCGCGCCGAAAAAUUGGUCAAAGGGUUAACCAGCUUUGUUCAAGAUUACGCAGAGUUUGAUCCACGCGAGGUUUCGAGCGAUCAUCGUCUCCAGUCAACGACUCAAGAUUUCGAAUCCGAUCUACCCGAUGGCUCCGAUGAGCGACCAAUGACUAUAUCUUUACCCGACAGAAGCAAGGUUGGUGAUGGCCCGGCCUUGCUGUCAUCCUUAACAACUCCUUCAGAGGAGCCGUCAUCGCUCUUUUUACAUGGCUCAGCUACAACCACGGAACAUACCUCUAUGAACUCGAAUCCAUCAGACCGACCAUUUCCGAGUCCGGGUGAUGAAAAAUCAUUCAAUGACGCUAUGAAUCCAAAGGCCUUCAACGCAGCUUCACAGAACUCGAUGUUGUCUUUGACCGACCGUAUCCCCAUGUUUGAUCGGAUAACCACAAUAUUCGCUCGCGCGAGUGGGCUCUUGAAGGAUUCGAUGGAUCUGGAUGGUGUAGUCUUUCUCGAUGCAGCUCGUUGCAAUCCUUCGUUCCUUCCCCCUGAAGAGCAAGGCAGCUGGGAGCCGCUGCCAAAACGAGCUGGCUCGUAUCAAAUAGUGCCAUCAGGCUCAACAGACCCAUUAUGUACUCCAACGCUUGAGGUCGAUGCGACUUCGGAAAUUCUCGGAUCAUCAUUAAAGACCCAGGCUCUGGAUGUUCUGGACGGUCCCAUUGCUGUGCCAGAGAAAUUACUCAGCCUACUGGUCACAAAUUUUCCUCAGGGUCAAAUCUUCCACAUCACCGGCCCGGAGGACAAUGAGAGUCACCCUGUCUCAUCACCGCCCCAAGCCGUUGAAAUGGUUUCUCAGCAUCUUGGCCGCAUUCUUCCAGGUGCUAAGUCAGUUCUGUUUUGUCCGCUAUGGGACUAUCACAAGUCCCGAUGGAUGGCGGGAACUCUGGUGUGGUCUCAAGACAGCCACCGACCUAUAGAGUUGAAUGAGUUGCACUAUUUCAAGGUUUUUGGCGAUUCUAUCGUCUCGGAGAUUGCUCGUAUUCACUGGAGUACCACUGAGAAGACCAAGUUUGAUUUUAUAUCUUCUGUCAGCCAUGAACUCCGAUCGCCUUUACAUGGAAUUUUGGCAAGUGCUGAGUUGCUUAAUACUACUUCGUUGGAACCUGUGCAAGGGGAGAUGAUCAAUAUGAUUGAAUCGUCUGGACACACCUUACUAGACACGACUGAUCAACUACUGGCUUUUUGCAAGAUAAACACCUCUGCAAAAACGAAGAAGCUCCGAAAGGAGCAACAAACUCCCCCUGAGGUCUCGGAUCUGAUUGCUGAUUUCGAUCUUGGGGAACUGGUCGAGGAGGUUACCAACAUCUUGUAUACCGGUCAAAGAGCAUCUGGUGCUGCACCGGCCGCUGCAAGCAACCUCCCUUCCAGGAACACUGUCAAGAACACGGACCCUAGCCAAAUGUCGGUCAUCGUGCGCAUCCAACAAUGUGUUCCUUGGAACAUUCGAUCCCAAGCCGGUGCUUGGCGCAGAAUCGUAAUGAAUCUCCUCGGAAAUUCAAUCAAGUGGACCGAGACCGGAUUCAUCGAAGUAUCCCUCUCCCAGUCCAAAACCCAGCCAGAUUCACAGUCUAUCCUCACACAUCUUUCGGUUACCGACACGGGCAGUGGAAUUGAGCCAGACUUUUUGCGACAUAAAUUGUUCUCCGCCUUUACCCAGGAGGAUCCCCUGACGGAGGGUGUUGGGCUUGGGCUUAGCAUCGUGCGCUUGCUUGUGACAUCGCUCGGUGGGAACAUCACCGUGAAGAGUGAAGUAGGAAUUGGGACACAAGUUGACGUGUAUAUCCCGGUGCAAAGUGUCACUCAGGAACCUAGUGCCUUUGACGGAGCUGGUUCAAUCACACGUCAACCACCCCCACCACAGCUUCACGCUUGUUUAGUCGCUUUCAACGGAUAUCCUGAGUUGGCCGAGGCACCAACGGGACUGCUAACCGCUGAGGCGAAGCGAAAACUUUCGAUUCAGAGCAAUUUGGCAGACGUCUUCAUGUCUCGAUUUGGCUGGGGAGUUUCCUUGGUGGAGUCUUUUGAUAAGGUCCAGGGUGAUAUUGCUGUCAUUGAGGAAGCCACACUGCACGCAGCAACAGGUACUCAAUCACUGGAGGAAGUAGCUUUGGACUUUGGGGUAAAACUCUUUAUCAUUCUCGGGAAGAAAAAGUCCUCGCGCAUUGCUGAAGGAUCAAAUAUCGUGCGGGUAUCCGAACCAUUUGGUCCACAAAAAAUCAUCCGUGCGAUCCAGAGAAUUUUGGAGUCUCAUGAAGCUCAACUGUCCGAACCAGCACCAGCACCAGCCUGUGUCAGCUUAGAUGAGGAAAUACCCGUGCCAGCACCCGUGCCUGCAACUGAGAGUGAGGAAGAAACAACCCCCAAAGGAUUAACAGAAGUGGAGACUUCAUUUCUUGGUCUCGCUAAUCCCUGCCCUGUGACAAAUGAACCAAAGACCGUGCAUGUCCUCGUUGUGGACGAUAAUGACAUCAACGUCAAGAUUAUGGCAACCUUCCUGCACAAGAUCGGCUGCAGUUAUGAGACAGCUUCUAACGGGCUUCUCGCACUGGAGAAAUACAUGGCAUCCAAACGGCCAUAUGACUUUGUUCUAAUGGACAUCUCAAUGCCUGUCAUGGAUGGCCUCGUUUCAACCAAAAAAAUUCGUCAAUACGAAAAGGAGAUGGGCCUCUUUCCUUCUUGUAUCAUGGCUGUUACUGGUGUCGCUUCCGACGCUAUGCAAGAGCAGGCCAUGGCAGUCGGGAUCAACGACUAUCUGAUCAAGCCAUUGUCGCUUAAGAAACUUAAGCUCACUAUGGGAUUUGAAUGA